AUGGAGUUUUGUUCACAAAGUCUUUCAUCUGUUCUCAAAGACAAACCCAUUGUCUUCGAGAGACAACCGGAAGAAGAAAUGAAAGUCUUUGAGUAUUAUAUUUCAUGUAAAAUAUUUAAAGAACUCUUAGAAUGUGUUGAAUAUCUUCACUCAUCUGAUCCACCGAUCAUUCAUCGGGAUCUCAAACCCGACAACAUAUUAAUUUCAGCCAACAUUGGCUUCAAUCGUAUCGUAAAAUUAUGUGACUUUGGUUUGGCCACCGAUCACAACAUCGAUGAACAGACGGCCUACCGAUACGAGCAUUCAAUUGUGGGAACCAUUGCAUAUAUGGCACCCGAAGUCACUUCGAGGAGUAAAUACAACCAUAAAUCAGACAUUUAUAGUCUCUCUUUAAUCGGUCAGCAAUUGUUUGCUAUCGAUCUUCAGGCCUCGGAAUCAUUUAAUGCCAAGGAAUCCGUAUUCAAGAUAUCACAACAAUGUCUAUACCAAACAUUAGCGGCAAUGAUGUCAACACCCUUUUGGCGACAACGGCCUGAGUGUCGGCAAGUGUUGGCCACAUAUAACGAGUGGUCAAUAGAUAGGACUGUUGUCACUAAUCACACGGCAUUCAAAUCUAUU